UAUUUGUGUUUUCAGACAAACUCAAACACACCGGAGCCUCAACUCUAAACUAGGCAUAGUAGUCGAUUAUCAGUCAAAUAGAUUUCUUACAUUGCAGGGAUAUCAGGCGCCAACACGCAAAUGAUGGCACAGAAAAGCAUCAAAAUUGCAGCUGGUGCUGUGGUGUGUGUGGAAAGCGAAAUAAGAGGAGAUGUAACUAUUGGUGCCAGAACAGUUGUCCAUCCGAAAGCAAGGAUCAUAGCAGAGGCUGGACCUAUAAUUAUCGGUGAGGGGAAUCUAAUAGAGGAGCAGGCACUCAUCAUUAACAGUUAUCCAGAGAAUAUAAAGCCGGACACAGAGGGACUUGAACCCAAGACCAUGAUUAUUGGGACCAAUAAUGUCUUUGAAGUUGGAUGUGUUUCACAGGCUCUUAAAAUUGGAGACAACAACGUGAUUGAGUCCAAGGCUGACCUUGGAAGAAAUGUGAUUCUGAGCAGUGGCUGCAUCAUCGGCGCUUGCUGCCAGGUCAACACAUGUGAGGUCGUGCCGGAGAACACAGUUGUGUACGGGUUGGACUGCAUCAGGCGUGUGCAGAGUGAGAAGCCUCAGCCUCAGACUCUGCAGCUGGACUUUCUCAUGAAGAUCUUGCCCAACUACCACCACCUGAAGAAGACGGUGAAGGGCAGCGGCACACCCAUCAGAAGUUAAUGGAAUUCUGUUUAGCUUCAAGCAUUACUCUUGAAGCUACUUUUACUCUAUUUGCACAUUUCUUAUCACUAUCACUAUACUACAAUAUUACCUUAGUGUCACUGCACUUUUAUUUUAAGUUACAUUAACAGUGUAACUUUACUUAUCAUAUUUUGGGCUUUAUUAUUAUUAUUAUUAUUAUUUUAUAUUGAUCCCGUUAUUUAAUCUACCGGUAUAUUUACAAAUGGUAAAAAUUUAAUUUUUAUUUGGGCGUUUAGUCUUAAGCUUCUACAUUUAGUGACCACAUGGGGGGAGUAUUGAGCAGCAGUCUGGAGACUCGUCCCGACAGCCUUUGUUUCAUCUAAUUGUAAAAAAAAAGAUGGAAAACCAGUAAACGAUCUUAAAUAGCCUCUUUGACAUUAUUUACUCAAAACUAGUCAUUGAAUCAGAUUUUUUCAAGAUAAAAAAUAGGAAACAAGAAGAAACCACUUGAAAGAAUUGUUACUAAGUCAAAGUGAUUCCUUCAAAGAUAUCUAUGGGUGUGGUUAUCGGUAUCUUGGUGUCAGUGGGUUGCCAGUUCUACCCUCUCCCACCAGGCUUUGCCAAAUUGGUGCCAGGGUGCAGUGGGAAUUCCACUGAGCAGAGUUUAUUGUAAUUGAGAUGGGUGUGGUUUUAGUUGCAUUUCUGCUGCAGGAUGGCUCCUUCCUUCCCGUGUUAAGCCCCUGGGGUGUUGCUAGCAUCUGUGCCACACAGCCGCACAGAUUAAAGUGUGGAUGGAUUAAUGCACGCUGGACGGUCAGUGGCACAAAACAGUCUGGCAUAGAACGUCCCCAUGUCACAUUUCACUGUUGUUUCAGUUGAGGCCGUGACACAAGCUUAAGGCUACUCAGGCUUGGAGGGGUGAAGGUGGAGAGUGGGUGUUUCGUGCCCGACGAGAAAGGAGCUGCGCAGUAUCGCAGGUCCCUGUAGGCGGCCCACAGCUGGUGUCGCACUCUGCCAAAACUCAUUUGAACAUGUCAUGAUGGAGUCCCGAGAGGAGUCCACAUCAACCAGGGGCUAAUUAUUUCAGCACCGGAGUGCAGUCGGGGCCACAUCUAGGCUCCUUUUUGUUCUCACCUCUCUUCUCUUUUUUUCCUGCUACCAUUAGUUUUUAUUUUGUGUUGUUGCCAAAGUGUCUGUUGACUUUAACACGAUAAGGAAGACAGAUGCAGGGUGCAGUUGUACCAGAGUGAAGAAAGAUACAGUGCUGAGGCAGAGAGGUGGUGGUGAUGGUGGGAGGGGAGGGGCAAAUGUGGCCUUUUAAUCUUCAGAGUUCUACAGAGGCUAAAUGAUGAUAGCAACUCAUGGCAGGAAUUUGAGAGGAAGUUCAAAUGGUGUUCUAUAUUUGGAAAGAGUUAUUUAAGCCUCUCCUUAACUGUACUGUUGGGAAACCAAAUUAUCUAGCUUCCACUCAUUUGUUCAUGUGGCACUGGUGUUUGCUUUCCUUUAAAUGGAUUAUCUCCAGCCAGUGUUUGGCCUUAGCUACAAUACGGAGCAUUCUCUGAAGAGUCAAUAAUGUCUUAUCAUAAAACAAAGAGAGAGGCCUAUAUUUUAGGGCUAGAUACAGAGGACAGAGAAGUACCUUUUCACUUGAGAACAUGACAAACUAUAGUACUUGGAUAAAUAUAAAUGGAAAAACCCAGUUUCUCAGCUUAGACCAGCAGGUGCACAUCAUGUGCUGCUGUUAACCAACACAGUCAAGUUUAAACAGGCCACCAGUUGUUGGGGAGGAUAAAGGCUUUCUGACAGCUGACCUUUGCAGGUCCACUCCACCUUUGAAAAGUGAAAUGUGACCUAUAGGCUGCAGUGGAUUUCAUGGAAAUCUCACAGAAAUAAUUAAUUUCAGCAUAAGAGGGACCAGAACAACUGGAUGCUGUGACUUUUUAGCCAUAAUCACAUGUUUGCAAAAUUAGUUUUCUGCAAGUCAAGGCAGACAGUGUCACUGUUUGUCACACUGUGAUGAAGGAUAAAUGAUGCUAAUGCUAACACUGUUCCAUUAUUCUUGUCUAAUGUUUACACCAAUUUUAUGACUCAACACUUGCAAAAAAAAGCACCAGACUGGGGUGUCACUGACUUGAUUCUCAUUAGCUUAUGUUAGCAAAUGCAUUAGCAUGUUAUGUUGACUUUAAAGUGUGUUUACUGCCAGGAGAUUGUUUGAUUAUAGAUUAAUAGUAUUGUGAUGUGAACACCCAGAAGUAUCAUACUCUAUUAUUACUAUAUCAGUAUUAGGCUGGUGCUAGAAAACUAGCAGAAAACAAAUCCUAUAGGUAUCAGAUUUGUAGCGAAAUGGAACCUGAGCUGCCAGUAAAGCUCAAGGCUAGUGUGUUAGCAUGCUCAAUUUAGCCUGAAGAGUAACACGACUCAGGUAGAGGAUUAGCUUCACAGCCAUAGAGUGGAGAAGCUACUUGUGCUGAUACUGCAUUAAAAUAAAUAUGAUUUAUCAUAUACAGAACAUUUAA